GUAGCGGCAUACUUUCACGGCAACUCCGCUCCACCACUACCCAUUCUGCCACCGACUGGCGCGAACUGCACGCGAGCGCUACGAGAGGCACGUUGGACUACAGUGACCUCGCUGGCGACCUGACACUGUGCAGCCCUUGAGGCACAACACCACCGCCGCCAUGUCCGCCGCACGCACCCAGGUCCUCCACCUCUACCGCCGCUCCCUGAAGCUCGCCCUCGACUGGGCUGUUCACCGUUACAUCUGGCGCGGUCAGGCUAUGUACAUCCGAUCCCUCUUCGAAGCGAACAAGAACGUUACACAGCCCCGACAGCAAGCGGCCAUAAUUGAGGAGACAAAGCAAUUGCUAGAGAAGUGGAAGCACCCGGACCCAUACAGACCACCAACCGCACCAGGUGGCAGCAAGUACGAGCGCAACUUGCCUUGCCCACAAUUGGACCCUCCUCCGCCAAUGCAUCUCUGAGAAGCUGGGAAGGAAGCUCCGGCUUGAGGUGUACAUAUGAGAAGAAAGCUACAAAUGCUGCAUGAAACCAAAGAAAUUUUACAAUCAAUGUGCACUCAUGAGACGCACUCUACAUGACCAUACAUAGGUAUUGACGUGCUGACAGUAGACCGCAAGUCCACAGCCUGGGUAUGGGCCUCGCGGAUUGCACCACAGCUCACCUCAACCAGUCAGACCAUCACACGAAGCACACGGGAAAUUUGUGUGAGCACUGAUCAUAGCCUCGUCUGGCC